AUGAUCUCAAAAAAUAGAGCAUCGAUUGUAUUGCUAUAUCCACAUAUCAAAGCCAACUAUGAAUGUCUCUAUGUUUGUCAACUUCCAUUCCUUGAAGAUUUGAAACAAUAUCAAUUCACACCGAUCGCACCUACCAACCCGGCAACAAGAAAACCAUACAUUCCAACAGAACAAGUCGAUGCUGCAUGA